ACGGACCGCCUGUUUGUAGGCGGAAAUCAACACAACAUCGGCUAACGUCUGAGGCUCAGCUUGGAGCUCUCUUCCCCACCUCCAUAUAAACCUGUAAAACAGCAGCCAUGGCCGGCUACAGGUCCUCAGAAUCGAGGCGGGAACAGUUUAGGAGAUACCUGGAGAAAUCUGGAGUUCUGGACACGUUAACCAGCGUUUUGGUCGCUCUUUAUGAAGAACAAGACAAACCCGACAAUGCACUGGACUACAUAAAGGUCCACCUGACGGCGGGGUGCCCAGAGCCCACGGACGCCGAGGCGCUGCGGACAGAACUGGCCGACCUCCAGCAGAAGUUCAACCUGCUGAUGGAGGAGAACAAAGAGCUGAGGAGCAGGCUGCUGCAGUACGAGCCGUCGCCUGAGGAGGGAGCUGGACUCUAAAUGGGCUUUGUGUCACUCAGUGGGAAAAUAAACAAGAAAAGAUCAAGCAGCCUCAUUUUCUGUGUUUAGAUUACAUGUUUAUUCCACAAAACUGGGUGGGCAGUGAAGACUGAUGAUUUGUGUUAAAUAAGAACCAACUGCUGCUCCUGCAUCAAAAACCUCAAUAUUUCCCUCCUUAUCUAAAAUAUUGUACUUCAAAAACUCCAUCAGAUCCCUUAAAGAGCAGCAAGCUCCA